UUAUAUUCGAAGGAAUAAUUUGUGCUAUAGAUAUUCAUCGGCAAGCUAUGAAAUUGUCCAAAAUGUUGAUGUCUAAAUUUGAGAUAAUGCUGCUCUGUCAAACAGCAGUUGCAGUAACCUCUUUGAGCACCAACCUCUUCCGAAUUUUUCAGAUUAGUUCAUCUCAAGCUAAUGCCAAAGAAUUAUUAUUUCCCUUUAUAUUCGUAUCAAUUUGUAUUUUAUACAUGUUUCUAGCCAAUUAUACCGGACAGAAUAUUAUAGAUCAUACUAAUUAUGUAUUCAUUACUGCGUACAGUGUUCAAUGGUAUAUGACUCCCAUAUACAUUCAAAAAAUGAUACUUUUUCUAUUACAAAGAGGUACCAAAGAUUUCACUUUAAAUCUCAAAGGACUGAUUGUAGGAUCGUUUGAAUGUUUCGCUAUGCUGGUGAAAGCUUCGAUAUCUUAUUUUGUUGUGAUACAUUCGACGCAAUAA